UAUAAACAUUUCUCCAAGAGACCCACACACAGAGAGAAGAAGCCAGUAAGAAAAUAUUUUGUGACUGUCAUUUCAAUUUUCACAGAGCUGUUUAAAGACAUACUGUAGACAGAGUUUCCUGCAAAUAGACAAAAGCACCAUACCGUAGCUAUGCUGGAACCUGGAGACCUAGUUGAGAUAGAGAGAGGAGGAUUCAGCCACUGGGCUAUGUUUGCAGGAGACAAUAACCUCAUUCACCUAACUGUGGACGGUGAGGGUAAGGUAACGGAAUCUAACGGCACUAUAAAGAAGGAGAGAUUUAAUGCUGUUGUCGGCGAGUGCAAGUGGAGCAAGAACAACACCAAGGACCGAGAGUAUAAACCAAGGUCACUUAGAGAAAUUCUGAAGGACGCAGAAGAAUGGGUUGGGAAAACUGUCCGAUACAGCCUCAUAACAUUUAACUGUGAGCAUUUUGUGAACUACCUCAGAUACGGCAAUCCUGAGUCUGGGCAGGUGAAGAAGGUGGUGCAGGCAGUGGCACAGUCAGGACCUAUUGGUUGGAUUGGGGCAAGCGUAUUUGCAAGUGUCGCGAGUACUUCCAAAGUCAGCGGAGCCAGCAAAACAAGUCUGAAAAAGUAACACACUAAAACCUUGAAACAAAAAAAAACUCACUAUCAUUAAUUUGUUUAGUUAGUCUAUGUGGUUGUGUGUAUUACAUGUACUGUUUAUAUAAAAUUGAUAUGGUUGUUGUAGUUCUUUAUACUAACAUUUUCUUUUGCCAGUACCUUUAAUUAGCCAAGUAAUCCAAGAUACGGUUCCGGAUCCGGCAGGACAAUAGGAUUUUUCACAUUAUUCGGAUCCGGCAGGAUCUUAAGCAGUGGAUCCGUUAUCCAGCAGUUACCUAAAAAUCAGGAUCUGGGGCAUCUCUACUUUUCACGUAGCCUAGGUCUUUCACAACCCCAAUCGUUGCAUGGAGUGAAAGCCAUUUGGAAGAGGCCAUUGAAGGCAGUGUGGCAGUAAGCCAAUGAGUCUUAAAAAUAGUUUGCGCCAACAUAAUAAAAAGGGCCCACGUGUGCGAGUUGGCUAUGUGUUUCAACCCUUUCGCAGGAU